UGUUCAAGUGAAGCAGUUCCCGCAGCUGCAUUAACAGUUACAGCAGUUAAAUCCAGUCCAGAAGCAGCAGUAAAUCAGAAAACAAGGUGUUGAGUGAAUUUCUUAUCGAGUCAGGUGUAAACUAGUGCGAAAAUGUCGCAAUCUGAUAACGCAGCACGUGAGCAAACUGCGCCAAUUUCGGUGCCCGAGGCAUGUCAAGGCUGCCGCGGCCAAUUGCCACGUUCUGCUCCCGUUGAAGUGGAGGACAUGGCCACCCCGUCGCUGGAGAAACUCAUUCGUAAGGCCAAUAUGGCCCAGAAAAUGCUGAACGAUGUGAUGAAGCAAAUCCAAAAGGAGCAGGAAUCUCAGGUCGCCAACAAGGGGACCAAACCUAAGCACCGAAGUUCCGAUGGAGGUAAAAAACGACACAGGGGACGUAAACAUGGUCAUCACUCUAGCUCAUCUUCCAGUUCCAGUUCCGGCAAUAGUGACUGCGAACUGAUGGCGUCGGAGAAGGAGGAGAUAAUGCCCAGGAGAAGACAUAUUCGGGAAGAUAGGAAACGGGAUCGUUCUAGGUCCCGCGGCCGCUCCCGUGGUCACUCGCGUGGUCGUUCUCAUGGACGUUCUCGUUCCAGGUCCUACACCGAUUCCCGACGAUCCCGAGCACUGCCCCUGGCUCUGCCCGUUCGGAUUUCAGUGUGAGUAUCUGGUUACAUUCAGUAUUAUCCAUUACCCAUUUUAAAUGUUAAGAGCACAUAAUAAAAAUCUACAAAAAAAUAAAUAAAAAAUGUA